AUGUCACUAAAACGGAGAUACACAUUUGAUGACCAGCCUAUAUAUUUGCUUGGUGAAAACGGAACUGAAUUUUAUGGUCAAAUGAAAACUCAAGACUUCUAUGCUAUAAGACAGCAGUGCCUUAAUUCAAAGACUUUAUUUGAGGAUUCAGAAUUUCCAGCAACAGACCAAAGCCUCUUCUUCUCAUCAAAAUCUAAAGUGUCAUACAAGUGGCUGAGACCUGCUGAAAUAUGCAAAAAUCCACAAUUUUUCGUUAAAGGAUAUUCUCGAUUCGAUGUCCAACAAGGAAAUUUAUUCAACUGUUGGUUUGUCGCUGCUGCCGCUAAUUUAACUCUCAAUCCAAAGUUAUUCUCAAGAGUUGUGUUUGACGAUAAUAGCUUCGAUGAGAGUCUUUACGCCGGUAUUUUUCAUUUUUGCUUUUGGCGCUUUGGCAAAUGGGUGGAUGUUGUCGUCGACGACCGUUUACCAACUGAAGAUGGAAAAUUAGUAUACAAUCAUUCUGCUGAUAACAACGAAUUUUGGUCAGCAUUACUCGAAAAGGCAUAUGCAAAGUUAAAUGGUAGCUAUGAAGCAUUGGUUGAAGGAAACACAAGUGAAGCACAUGAAGAUUUUACUGGCGGAAUUACUGAAAGAUUUCAAUUAAAACAAGCUCCAGAAAAUCUUUUCGACAUUCUCGUUAAAGGAUUUGAAAGGAAUUCAAUGAUGGGAUGCUCAAUACAAAGUACAGAUGGCGCUCGUAAACAAGAGACUCCCGAAGGUUUGUAUCUAGGACAUGCAUACUCAAUCACAAAGGUUGCAUAUGUCGAUAUAGCAGUGCGAGAUAAAAAAGGACUAAUUCCGUUGAUGCGAUUAAGAAAUCCUUGGGGUAAUGAUUUAGAAUGGAAUGGUCCAUGGAGUGACACAUCACGUGAAUGGCAACUAAUUUCUGUAAAAACAAGAGAGGAACUCGGACUGACAUUUGAUUUCGACGGUGAAUUUUGGAUGUAUUAUAAUGACUUUUUGAAGCACUUUGAUAAUUUAGAGAUCUGUAACUUAACGCCAGAUUCCUUGACUGAUGAGAACAAAUCAGAUAUGAAGAAGAAAUGGAAUUUGAAUAUAUUUGAGGGUCAAUGGGUUGCUGGUGUGUCUUCAGCUGGAUGUAAUGAUCAUGACAAAUUCUAUCGUAAUCCACAAUACAUUAUCCAUUUGGAAACUCCCGAUUUUGACAGUAAAGAUGGAAAAUGUUCUGUUGUAAUUGCAUUGAUGCAGAAAAGUCGUAGAUAUAAGAAGAAAAUUGGUCUGGAUUCACUGACAAUAGGAUUUAAAAUAUACUCACUAUCUGAGAACGAUUUGAAGCAAAAACCAUUUAAGACGGAUUUUUUCAAACAUAAUUUGUCUACAGAAGUAUCAAUAUUUAUAGAUUAUCGUGAAGUUAGUGCUCGUUAUAGAUUCAUGCCUGGAUAUUACUUGAUAGUUCCAGCUCCAUUUGAUACAGACAAUGAAGGAGAAUUUUUAAUCCGUGUCUUUUCUGAAAGUAAAAAUAAUUUUGAGGAGCAUGAUGAACAAGUUGGAUUGGGUGACAUCGACGUUAGAAUUGCAGACAAUCCACCAAACAUUCAUUUUCCAAGUGCUGAUUGGCUGGAAGUUGAGAAACUUUUCAAAACUUUAGUCGGUAAUGACAAAGAAAUCGGUUGGAUGGGAUUGAAGCAAAUACUUCAUACAUUUUUUGAAGAUGUGGCUGUCAAAAAAGAGAUUCAAAAUGAAAAUACUAGUUUAAAUGUUAAUGACAAGCAUCAAAGUCGAUCUCUUGGAAAAUUAUUAAAAAGCAUUUGGAAUCAUUUGUCAUGUAAGAAAGUUAAGAAUGAAGGAGCUAAUAUUCCUCUUUUAAAUGGAAAUGAUAUUAGUAAAGCUACUGUUGUUCCUGUACAAAAUGAAUCAACAAGUCUUGAUUUCUCAAAAGAAGUUUGUCGUUCGAUGGUUGCAAUGCUGGAUUUUGAUAAAUCAGGCAAACUAGGAUUAAAUGAGUUAAAGUGCUUAUUCAAUGAGAUUACAAUGUGGCGGUCUGUCUUCAAUCUAUAUGACCAAGAUCAUAACUAUAAACUUGACAAUCACGAGCUACGAGAUGCUCUAGGAUCAGCUGGAUAUCGUCUUAACAAUCACAUUCUAUGUUCGCUUCUCUAUCGUUAUGGAUCUCCUGAUAAUACAAUGUCAAUUGAUGACUUUAUCAUGUGUGCUGUUAAAGUUAAGACAAUGAUCGAGCGUUAUAAAGAAAAUGACACAAACAAAGACAAUCGGGCAAUUUUCACAGUUGAUGAAUGGAUUUCCAGUGCUUUAUAUUCAUAA